AUGGGCUCUCACGAAGUCAAACCCAAGGUCCUCAUUCUUGGAAAAGUCGACUUUGCGCAUGAUGCCUGGGAUGCGCUGAACCAGAUCAGCGAGGUCAUCAAGCCAGAUUCAACCAGCCGUGACGACUUCCUGAAGGAAUGCCGGAGUGGAAAGUUCGAGGGAACCGUAGCGGCCUAUCGCACAUUCCACUCGUUUGGCAUCACCGGCCAGAUCGAUCAGGAAUUGGUGGAUGUAUUGCCGAGCUCCCUGAGAUAUAUUGCUUCUUGCGGUGCCGGUUAUGACCAAAUAGAUAUCGAUGCAUGCAGUGCCCGUAACCCCCCGCUCCUUGUCUCGAACGUGCCCACUGCGGUGGACGACGCUACCGCCGAUGUGAACAUGUUCCUUAUUCUGGGAGCGCUUCGAAACUUCAAUGCUGGCAUGCAUGGUCUGCGAGAAGGCAAGUGGCGAGGUCAGCCUGCACCACGGCUUGGCCACGAUCCCCAGGGUAAGACUUUGGGAAUUUUGGGAAUGGGUGGCAUUGGACGUAACUUGAAGAAGAAAGCCGAGGCUUUCGGUAUGAAGGUUAUUUAUCAUAAUCGCCGACAACUCAGUGAAGAGCUUUCUGGGGGUGCGCAAUACGUGACCUUUGACGAGCUUCUGGCGACCAGUGAUGUGCUCAGCCUAAACCUCCCGUUGAAUAAAAACACCCAUCAUAUCAUUGGCAAGCCAGAGUUUGCCAAGAUGAAGGAUGGAGUCGUCGUGGUCAACACUGCUCGUGGUGCUGUCAUGGACGAAGCUGCGCUUGUUGAUGCUCUGGACAGCGGUAAGGUAUUCUCAGCUGGUCUAGAUGUCUUCGAAGAAGAGCCCAAGAUCCAUCCUGGUUUGAUUGGUAACCAAAAUGUACUUCUUGUGCCUCACAUGGGUACCUGGACUAUCGAGACUCUCAUCGCGAUGGAAGAGUGGGCCAUUGAGAAUGUGAAACUGGCUAUCACCACGGGAAAGCUGAAAAGUCCCGUGCCAGAGCAGGUUGAUCUGCAGUGA